UCCAAAUACAGAGACUCAAGACAAGAUAAUGACAAAGUUGGAUUCUUUCAAGGACGCUUCUGGUAUUUUCGGCCACGACAUGGCCAUUAGGAAAAGAAAUAUCAAAGCACCAGCUGAAUGGUGGUCUUGUUAUGGAUCUUCUGCUCCAAAUUUGAGAAGCUUUGCUGUUAAGAUCCUUAGUCUGACUUGUAGUGCUACUGGUUGUGAAAUAAAUUGGAGUGUUUUCCAACUUCUUCAUACAAAGAAGAGAAAUCGCCUAGCACAACAUCGGCUGACACUACAAGAAAACAGCGGUAUUCUGAUGGAUAUUCCGACGGAAAAUGAAAUCCUCGGAAAAUCCCGAGGAAUUUCCGAGGAUAUUCCGAGGAAACACAAAAUUUGGUUUCCUCGGAAUAUACCGACAGAAUUCCGAGGAAAUAUCAUUCCGUCGGAAUAUUCUUAUGGAAUACCGAGGAAAAUUCUAUUCCUCGGAAAAAACCGAUGAAUUCCGAGAAAAUAUUAUAGACGUUAGAGAGCCGUUGGAGAGCCGUUGGGGGAUUUUAAAAAUUCUAAGGAAAUUCCGACGAACUAGCUGUUGGCAUCAGAAUUCCAUCGGAAUUUCCUCGGUCAGUCGGCAGGAUUUCAACUAUAAAUACAAGCACCCCUCUUCCUCUUCAUUCACUCCAUAUCUUCAUCCUCCCUCUCACUCUCUUUACACACGAAUUUGAUUCAUAAAAAACAUGUCUUCUUCAAAUUAUUUUCGUUCUUGGAUCGAUCGACCUCAUUUGGAUCCGAACACGAGAUUG